GCCGUGUCUGCCGCACUUCAGGUGUUCUCUGGACAACCAGACAAGGCCUCGAUAGACGCUGCGAAUCAAUGGUUGCAAGAUUUUCAGCGCACAGUCAGUCCAAGUUUCAUGCGUUGCCAUAAGUUGUGAUCUGAAGUGUCGACGAGCAGCCACAAGCAUGGGCAACAUCUAAUUUUCUACUACUUUCGCCUGACUCGCCACCCAGUGCAAAGACAUUUGCUGCCCAAACAUUUCGCGCCAAGGCCAGUCCAGUUUUUUUGGAGAUCGAUCCCGUCAGUUGAAACGACUUUGUUUCAGGUCACUUUCGAUCUUCACCAAGUGGACGCGGCCCAUCAAAUAGACCUCCGCGAUUCCUUAAUAUCAGCUCUUCAAAAAUUUUCUGCCGGCCCUCGUGCUGUGUUAGUCCAGAUUAGUCUCGCACUUUCUGGGCUCGCGCUUCAAAUGCCAGAAUGGAAGACAGUACUGCCUGACCUUGUCGCAGCCCUUGGACGCAAUCCAGGCACUGUUCCUUCCCUUCUCGAAUUCCUUCGAGUCUUACCCGAGGAAGCUACUGGCAACACUCGUAUUCCGAUGUCGAACGACCAAUACAGAGCCCGAGAAGCCGAGCUUUUGGGCGACAACGCGCCCGAAGUCCUCAAUUUACUAACCAUGUACAUGCAGGCUCAAGGAGUGACGGAUACUAUCCAUGAGCAAAUUUUUCAAUGCCUCAGAAGUUGGGUUGUUGCAGGCGAAGUGGAGGUUGCUGCUCUGGCCCAAACACCGUUAUUCGAUUUUGCCUUCGAAGCUGUUACUUCCGAGGCUCUAUUUGACUCGGCCGUGGACGUGGCCUGCGAAGUCAUUCAUGAGACUCAAGAGGUGGAUGAUAAUAUGGUCGUGAUAGAGCUCAUCAUACAGCACCUCAUUAGGAUCAAGCCCCUAAUUGCGGCAUCCAAGGAUGAUCCGGACAAGGUACGGGGAUAUUGUCGCAUCUUUACCGAGGCAGGAGAGACGUAUCGUGUUCUCCUCUUGGCGCACCCGGAAACGUUUUACCCGCUUGUUGAAGCUAUUGCUGAUUGUGCAGCCUACCCUGAUCUUGAUAUCGUUCAAAUCACGUUCAACUUCUGGUAUCGACUGAGUCAGAGCAUCGGAACGCGUCCGUCUGUCCCAUCCCAGUUCCUUGAUCUCUACAAGGGCCUCGUCAACGUCAUGAUCCGCCACCUUCAUCACCCGCUUGACCCCAGCAGUAUCUCAGCUCAGGAACACGACGAGUUCCGAGGCUUCAGGCACGUAAUGGGUGACACCUUGAAGGAUUGCUGCUAUGUCUUGGGCAGUACCACGUGUCUCAAAAUGGCGUAUGACAUGAUUGUAGAGGCCCUUAAAAAGCCGACCACUGUUUGGCAGGAGAUAGAGGCCCCCUUAUUCUCCAUGCGAUCAAUGGGCGCUGAAGUAGAUCCUAACGAUGACGAGGUGGUUCCCCUCAUCAUGGAUCUUAUUCCUAAACUUCCGCCGCAUCCUCGUGUCCGCUACGCUGCUACUCUCGUCAUCUCUCGCUACACUGAAUGGGUCGAUAGGCACCCUCGGUAUAUCCCCUUCCAGCUUGCGUACAUCUCGGAAGGCUUCAAUGAUGCCGAUGGGGAUGUCGCGGCUGCUGCGGGCCAAGCCAUGAAGUAUAUGUGUAAAGACUGCAAACAGCAUCUGGUGCCAUUCCUACCGCAACUUCACACGUUCGCCCAAACCGUGGCACAGGGGCUCAGAGUGGAAGACAGGUUAGAGAUAUACGUGGCAAUCGCCCAUGUCGUUUCACAUAUGCCCAUGGAGGAGGCUGCGCAGGCGUUGCGGAAGUUCACAUUGGAACUCAUACAAAUGAUUCAUGACACGCUCUCUUUGGUUCAGCCAACGAAAGAUCAGGUUCAGAGGAUAGCUGAAAAUUUGGAAUGCAUAUCGGUGAUGCUGGGGGUUAUUCAGGGCUUUGGUGAAGAAUUACCUUCGGCCUGCCAAAACACUUGCGUUGCCAUGUGGAACGUCUUUGACGCCCUUAUCCAAAGAUAUGGCAACCUGCACUUCAUAACGGAACGUAUCUGUGAUGCAUUACGACAUGGCAUCAUCUUCUUUGGAGAGAGUGGCCUUGCUGUAGUUCCGUCAUUAUUGCAAAGAUCAGCCUCGGCUUUCGGUGCCAGUGGAUUUGCAUCAUACAUCUGGAUUUGUGCAAAGAUUGUGUCACGUUUCGGUAACGAGGAAGGGCUUGAGGUUCGGGAGGCUAUCAAGGGCGCUUUUGAACUAAUAAAUAAUCAAGUAUUUUCUUUACUCAAAGUUCAAGAGCCAACCGAUAUUCCGGAUGUGCUUGAAGAUUACAUCCACUACCUCUAUCAAAUGAUUGAAUAUGCCCCAAACAUCCUGUUCUUGUCCCCCUCAUACCCUACUGUGUUCCGGGCCACUCUUUCUGCUUUGACUCUCUACCAUGCCGAAGUCAUCCUUCCAACCUUAGAACUCAUCCAUGCCAUAUAUCACCACGAUUGCCUCUCUGUCAAAGCUCGACCCCCUCCGCCUCCAAACUUCCCUUUAUACGCUUCCGCCAUCAAAACUGCCACUAGCUCAGAAGGCUUCUCAUUACUGAAUCUUCUCUUAGCUGGACUCCUAUCACAGUUCCCCGAAGAAGCGACACCGCUUGUCAUCAGCAUCAUCCGAUCGUUGGCACAAUCCUUCCCACAGCAAAUCGUUGCAUGGAUGCCAACUGCGUUAGACGCGGUAUCGACUCAAAACUUGCCUGCCGACGCAAGAGCUGCGUUUACCACCGAAUUCAACAGUGCUGUCAGCAGUGCACAGAUGGAGAAGGUGAAGCAAGCGAUCAUGAAUUUACACAGGGCGUCCAGGCGUGCGCGGGAUCGGAAUAGGAUGGGAAGUAUGAGGUAGAAUGACCUAUUUGGAAUCCGUGUUCCACAUUCACUUUCACCAGGAUAGACCGACUUAAUGUGGUUUUGUAAGGUACGUAGAGUAUAAGAACUUGGAUAGUACUGUCGAUGCGGCACUUGUGACCCCAGCUGAUGCAGAGCAGAAUGUUUUCCGUGUGACAAUCAACUAAAUGACAGAACUUUAAUAAAGAUAUGAAGGUGGUACACA